AUGCCUCUCGACGGGCAUGCAUACCUUUCCUCCCAAGGAUGGGCUGGAAAAGGGUCGGGUCUUCGCGAAGGUGCAAUCAGCAGGCCUGUGAUCAUUGCCCAGAAGAAAACUAUGGCAGGUGUAGGGAGGGAUCGCGACGAAGCCUUCCCGUUCUGGGACCACCUGUACUCUGCAGCAGCCAAGGCUAUCAAGUUGAAAGUAGCUAAUUCAGACGAGGAAGACUCUGCUGAUAUGGAACCCUCAACCUCUGUUGUCUCCUUUGCAAGAACCAGGACUGGCAUCAUAUCGAACCGACGACCAGUGGAUGGCACUCCUGCUGCCUCAGGAACCGCGACCCCCGAUUCAGCACCGUCAGAUUCCAGCAUGCCUCGAGUGAGCCUAUUAACGCUGGCACGAAGGGAAGCUGUGAAAAGAGGACUAUACUCCAUGUUCUUCCGUGGGCCGGUGCUGGGUCCCGACGAAGAGGCAAUUGCUGGGGACGAGACAAACAAGAGUGCAGAUGACCAUGUAGAGCCACAGGCCAGUGGCUCAUCUACUUCGGCCCUCAAGAGGCGAAAGUUGAAGGACGAGAAAAGGCAUACCAAGACGUCCAAGAAGCGCAAGCUGGACAAUGAAGACCAGGGCACAUUCGUCGGUGAGAAGGUUGACAACCCUGCGGGUCCUGCUUCAUCGCAGGGGCUUAGUGAUGACGCUGAGAGCUCCGCUGCGAAGAGAAUGAGAACAAAAGAGGAGAAGCUUGCGCGCAAGGCCAGAAAGGAGGAGAAGCUCGCGCGUAAAGCCAGAAAGGAGGAGAAGCUCGCGCGGAAGGCGAGAAAGGAGAAGAGAGCCAAACGCAAUGGAUCGCAACAGGCUGAUGAGGAUCAACCAGAUAGUGCGUCCUUCGUCCCGGCGCUUGAGGCUGGAGUGAUACAUCAACAUUCAGGCUCGGGUGUGAAAGUCAUCGCUGAGCAGCUCGGGCCUGUGUUGGUGGAGAGGGAUCGCUGUCGUCCAAAAGAUGACGAGCGACACCCCGCUAAAUCUCACAAGAAAAAGAAGCAAAAGCAGUGA